GAGACGAGGCCAAAAAUCCACAUCUUUAAGUCGCUAGACACCAUUGCCCAAUUCUUCAGAAGUUAUCAAUAACACCUCUUUUCAAAAAACUAACAAAAAGAGUUUUGCAAAGGAAACGACUCCAUUUUGGAUUUACAUUCGUGAGCCGUCAUUUCGUGCAGCGAGUAGAGGGUGUGCACGCGCUUGAUCCAGGGAUUGUCUCGUUCGACUGCGAUGUCUUGUUAACGGAAAUAAAUUUACUUUCAUCUGCCGAGAUCUUGAAGGAUAUCGGUUUUAACAGGAGAAAGAGCUAAUCUGUGUCUAUCGUUGGAUUCACGUUUGGGUAACUUUGGACUUGUUUAGAGAUCGCCUAGUCGGCCAUUAUGCGCGAGGAAGACGUAGAAGUUGCGAUCAAAGUCGUGGUUGUAGGAAAUGGAGCCGUUGGUAAAAGUAGUAUGAUUCAGAGAUACUGCAAAGGUAUUUUCACCAGAGACUACAAAAAGACGAUAGGAGUGGACUUUUUAGAGAGGCAAAUCAGUGUUAGGGGCGAAGACGUUCGGUUAAUGUUGUGGGACACAGCCGGACAAGAGGAAUUUGACGCCAUAACUAAGGCUUACUACCGAGGUGCUCAAGCUUGUGCAAUUGUAUUUUCUACUGUUGACAGAGACUCUUUUGAAGCUGUCGAAAAAUGGAGAACAAAGGUGGAAGAUGAAUGUGGUAAUAUACCAAUGGUGUUAGUUCAAAACAAAAUAGAUUUGAUUGAUCAAGCAUUAGUUAAAGUUGAAGAGGCAGAUGAACUAGCCAAAAGAUUAAGGUUAAAAUUUUAUCGAGCUUCUGUGAAAGAGGAUCUAAAUGUUAAUGAUGUAUUCAUGUAUCUCACUGAAAAGUAUCUAGAAAUACUGCAGAAUGUUGAUGUAGAGGAACCCAAACCAUCACAACACAAAAAUGUUGCUGGAAUGUUUAAUUCAACCUCACCAGUGAAUGCAUCACAAGGUGGAAACAACAAUGCACGCGCAACACAACAAGUAGAGACUGGAGAUAUUAUCACACUUAAACCAAACAAGCAGAGGACAAAGGGCAAAAAGAAUAAGAUAUCUUGCUCUUUGUUGUGACAUUCGAAUUUCAGGACUGUGCUUUUAAUUGUCUUAACAGUUUCACAAAAUUAAACAAUGCCACAAUAUGGCAAUAAGAGUGGAACUGUUUCUAACACAUGUUCAGUUCAUACUCAGGGGAACAAGAUUUCAUGCUUCUCAUUAAAGUAAUGGAUGUGAAGUAAAUUUUCACCACAAAUUCAUGAAAAUAGCUAGUUUUGGGACAAUUCUAAAUUAUCAUAUUUUCUGUUAUUGGACAAGUUUGAUGUUGUAGUUGCUGCAUUUAAAUAUAACAACACUCAAAUGUUGAACCUUUUCUGACUUGUUUCUAUACUUUGAGGGAUUUUGGGCACUGUAUGAGAUGACAGGUUUUGAUUCAAGAUCAAACCAUUAGAAUCAGGUCAUGGAGAAAUUUUUAUGGAAGGAGUAGGUUGAGGAAAUAAUCUUGUCCAUUCUUUGGAGGUUGACUGGAAAUUAUGAGGGGGUAAUUGAAGCCCCCAAUUUGUAGAAGGGGGAACUUAGGUGUUACUUUUUUGGAGAAAGGCAUUGUACUUGCUUCUGCAAUCCUCUUCAGAACUACCCAUGUGUAGCUUGUUUCUAAAAAAAAGUACUUUUCUUCUUUACACUAUUAUGUGAAUAUUGCAUGUUGAAUGUGACUGUGGUAUGUAUGUUGGGGAUUCCAUUUACAUAUCAGUUGUUCCACCCAAUUACACAUACAAUUGUGUGAGAAUUCUCUUCCCAGUUUGGGUACCACUCAUGAUGCAUUUUUUCAACUUCAGAUAAAAUGUGGAUAAGAUGAACUGCUGUAGGAUAGCUGGUCUUGACUUUUUCCUUUCUUUUUUCCCACUCUCUCUCCCUUUCUCUCUCCUUCUCUUUCCUCUGCUUCUGUUUGUUUGCUUGUUUGUGUUUUUUCUUUUUUGUUUGCUAUCAGAGGGGACGGUCUUGAAGGAAGGGAUCCCAUUCUUAGGCCAAAGUUAUCCAAAGUCCCAUUUCUAAUUUUUCCCCUUCAGGCCCAUCAUGAAAAAUCAAAAGUAAGUUGAGUUUGUGAGUGAGUUAAGAGUUAACUUAGAAUUUAUAACAGGGUUAUUAUUAUGGCAAAAUUGCAUUAAUUUUGGUCACUGUCUUUAAUAACUUCAUAAGUUUUGGUAUUCGAAUGUUAGUCACUAUCUUUUGAAGACAAGAUUCAGUUGAGUUAAUUGCCAUAAGCAUGACUUUAUCUUUUUCACAAUAACAGCAAGGAUGCAACAUGAAUGAAUCAGUUUAAAUAGAAUAUUAUUUAAUCUUCGGCUGGAAAAUUUGAACAUGUUUUUUAACAUAUAUUUCAGUGUUGCAUUUUCUAUUACAAUUCACUACAAUUUGUUAAUCUUAUACGCACAAAAUAUUGAAAAAAGCAUCAAAUCUCGUUGUUAUAGUUAUAUUCGUGUUUCAUAUCUAGAGUUAAUGUAUGAAAAGAAAUCAAAGAAUAAAGCUGGAUCCAGUAGUCCUGGGAAAUUAAUCAUCUAA